AACCGCUGCACUUGUAACAGUUGGCUGAAUUUAUAAGACGAUAGCCAUGGCCAAAUAUUCAGUAGAAAAUGAAGUUGCUGUUAUAGCUGUGGAUAAUCCACCUAUGAAUGCUUUGUCUCAUCAUGUAAGGAAAUCAUUAUUGAAAUAUUUAAAGGAAGCUGAAAGCGAUGAAAAAGUUACUUCAAUCGUGUUAUGUGGUGAUGGAAGGACAUUCCCUGUUGGAGCUGACAUCAAAGAAUUUCACAAAUCAGUCUCUAAACUUGGACCAACAAUAUUAGAUAUUGUAGAUGCAUUGGAGAAAAGUAAGAAACCAACAAUUGCAGCAAUCCAUGGAAACGCACUUGGUGGAGGAUUAGAAAUUGCUCUUGGAUGUCAUUACAGAAUAGCAAUGACAAACUCAAAGGUUGGCUUACCUGAAGUAAAACUUGGUAUAUUACCUGGUGCUGGUGGAACGCAACGCUUACCUCGUGUUAUUGGUCUUGAUAAUGCAAUGCAAUGGAUUGCAUAUGGAGGUCAUCACUCUGCAGGGAUCGGGGCUUCUCUUGGUUUGAUUGAUCGUGUUGUACCACAAGGGGGCAAUAUCAGGGAACACGCAAUUUUAUUCGCAAAGGCUGCUGUUGGAAAGAGUUUAGGUCAACGAAGACUUUCAAACAUUAGUGUUCCUGAUGCAGCUAAGGUUGAAUCCUUGAUGGCAAAACAUUUGAAGGAAGUAAGCAAGAAAUCUCGCGGUGCUUUAGCUCCCAUUGUGUGUCUUCAAGUUAUUAAAAGUUCGGCACUUCUCUCAUAUCAAGAGGGUUUGGAAUCAGAAAGACAAGGAAUGUUCACCCUUUUGGCUUCAAGUCAAUCUCGUGCUCAGAUCUAUUCCUUCUUUGCUGAGAGACAGGUUUCGAAAUGGAGUGUGCCUGGUGUAACCAACUAUCAAAAUGCUGUCCCAAUGAAAGUGAAGGCAGUUGGAGUUGUUGGGUUGGGAACUAUGGGAAGGGGGAUUGCUAUUUGUUGUCUUAGAGCAGGAAAAAUAACUUAUGUGCUUGAAAUGAACACAAAAGCCCAAACAGCUGGGGUUAAAUACAUUCGUGGUUACAUCGAAACCAUGAGAAAAAGGAAACAGAUAAAUGACCAGCAAUCUUCCAUGAUGAAUAAUGCUCUAAUUCCUGUGGAUAACUAUAAUGGAUUGAAGAACGUUGACCUUGUGAUUGAAGCUGUAUUUGAAUCAAUGAAGAUUAAAAAAGAGAUAUUUAAAAAACUUGAAAAAGUUUGUAAACCUUCUGCCAUAUUAGCAAGCAAUACAAGCACACUUAAUAUUGAUGAAAUGGCUUCUGUUACCAAGAGACCUCAGAAGGUUGCGGGGAUGCAUUUCUUUGCACCCGCUCAUAUUAUGAUGUUGUUGGAGAAUAUACGAGGGGAGAAGUCUUCUCCUGAAACCAUAGCAACUAUUAUGGACCUGGGAAAGCAAAUGAGGAAAACAACUGUGCUGGUUGGAAACUGUCACGGGUUUGUUGGUAACAGAAUGUUUGCUUAUUAUACGGCCGAAAGUUCAUUUCUAUUAGAGGAAGGGGCUUACCCUAAACAGGUGGAUGAUGUUUUGUUGGAUUACGGGUUCGCCAUGGGUCGAUUUCAAGUUGGUGAUUUAUCCGGAACUGACAUUGGAUAUAAAAUAAGAAGAGAACGAGGAUUAACCCACAAACAACAACCUGCCGGUACUCCAGAAAGAAAAAGAGGGGAUAGAAGAUAUAGUCCUUUAGAUGAUUUCUUGUAUGAGAAAGGAAGAUAUGGUUUGAAAGCAAGGAAGGGCUGGUAUAAAUAUGAAGGUAGCCGAACUCCAAUUCCUGAUCCUGAAGUGAGGAAGAUGAUAGAUGACUUCCGCAAACGUCACAACAUUAAUCCACGUCAUAUUUCACCAGAGGAAACUCUGCAGAGAAUGAUAUUCCCUCUCGUCAACGAAGGUUUCAAUGUAUUAGAUGAAGGAAUCGCUGCUAACCCGUGGGAUAUUGAUAUGAUAUUUCAACAUGGGUAUGCAUGGCCUCGCCAUACAGGUGGACCAAUGUAUUAUGCUUAUACAAUUGGUCUGCCCCAAGUAUUGAAGGUGAUUGAAGAAAGAUGGAAGUUGGCUGGUGCAAGUGAACCACACUGGAAGCCAAGUAAGAUGCUCACAUGGUUGGUUGAACAUCAUGGUAACCCUGAUAUUAAUGAUUGGAUCAAAUUAUACAAGGAAAGGAAAUCCCAACCCAACAGCAACUUGUAAAAUGUUUUAUAAAUAAAAAUAAUAUCAUUUAUUACUAACAAAGUUCACUUAAGUUAUUAAUUUCGAACAUAUACCUUCAUUCUAAUAUGUUUUGUAACAUUGUAAAUUUUAUUUACCAGAGUUACUGUUUGAUUAGGCUGAAUGAAAUUCUAAUCCUAUUAAUUUAAUUAGAUAUACAUGCAAAGUUUAACAUUAUGUUUAUAUUUAAUUCUUUUUAUAAAUGGAAAUGUGUUUUUGUUUAAUUUUGCCUCUCUAUGCAAGUAAAGCUUCAAUAAUUAUUACUGCAGCGUUCAUUGCGUUAAAAUCAUUAAUUAAAGAAUGUUAUGUUAAUAAACAUAAAUAGAUUAAA